AUGACAGCUCAGGCAGCAGAGGCGGUCAAGGCCUCCGCGGCUGACGGAAAUCGCCUGCACAGUGUGGUGGUGAUCAACCCUGUGAACGAGAAAGAGAACCGAUUCACGUCCACCGAGGGCAUGGACUAUCCCUGCAGCAAUAUGAAAGAGUUUGAGACGAUAGUGGGGGUCUCAAGGGAGGUGAUCCGCGGCAUCAUCGGAGACGCCAGUGCGGCGCUCACGAUCAAGCGCAUCGACGAGGGCGGAUUGGACGGCGACCUCUGCGCCAUCAUCAGCUCAGUAGACAAGUCUGUUGUAGCAGUGGUGUGGCCCACCGCCGAGAAGCUGCCCAUCCUGAAGAACCUGGCGAAGGACACGGCGAUCAAGACCCUGCUCAUCAUCAACCCGCUGUGGAAGACCGAGGGCAACCUUGUUAGUGAGUUUGGUAUCCUGCCCUGGGACCGCAAAGCCAAUGCGGAGUUCGUGGCCGGCUUUGCUCUGUCCUAUUCCCUGUAUGAGCAGCGCAUCGGCGCGCCCUCGUCGGUCAACCUGGCGCGCGGCACGCGCUACGAGAGCGGCGCGGUGGUGCGCGUGCUCAAGGUGUGGCCGCAGCAGUACCAGGUGCACGUGAUGGCGGCAGACGGGACAAGCCAGGCCAUCGGCGGCUUCGACGCCAAGCCCUCCUACCGGGAGCUUGAGGGCCUGAUCGACAAGGCGCGGCUGGCCAAGCUUGAGAUCUUCGAGCUGGCCAAGGCAGCUUCCUCCCUCGACCUCGAGGCCGGGCGCGCGCGCGGCGCGCCGGCGUCGCCCGAGGACCUGCCCUCCGCCGACGCGGCCGCCGCGGCGUUCCCCAGCAGGGAGCAGCUUCUGGCGGAGGACCCAAAGGCAGUGCGGCGGCUGCUGGUGUCGCUGGGCCUGCCGGGCAGCGGGACGCCCGCAAAACUGCAGGCGCGUGCCCUGGCAGUCGCAGACGCGCUGGCGGCGGGGGACUCUUUCGAGGCGGCGCUGGCUGUCGCACGCAAGCUGCGGUGA